AUCUUGCCUUGUGUAUUAGUUCAAAACGCUCGCCGCACUCAGACGAUUAAUCCACUCAUGUUGUUUUCCUGAUAGAAAUUUUCGCCGUUUGUCUGUGGGAACUACUACUACGAAUGCUAUGCUUUCGCACCGUAUCCUUGGGUUAAUUUUACUCUCCAUCUCGUCUGUUCCAGGUAUAUGUGCUAAUACCAAUACGACGAAGCUUGACAAAAUCAGGAUAAAACUCGGCUUUGUUGCACCUUUGGAUAACAGAUUGGCGGCCACAGCAACCCUCGGACGAGAGUUUGAUUCUAUUUUCCGUUUAUCGGUGGAAGAAUUGAACAAGAGAGCUAGAAAAGAGAAGAGUAAAAUUGAGUUAGUUGCUGACUUCACAAGUCAAGUCAAAGACAGCGGUUACAAUGACAAGGACCAAUGUCUGCGCGUGGCCAAACAGUUCGUUGCCGAUCCUGAUAUAGUCGGCGUUGUUGGUGCUUUCAGAUCAACUUGCUCCGUCGUGUUAAAUCAACUCUUCAAAACAAAGUCUCGAACUUUGACUCAAAUAUCCUAUGGUUCUACGGCUGCCGAGCUCUCGGAUAAGCUCAACUAUCCGAGAUUUUUCCGUACAGUUCCGAGCGACAUCCAUCAAGCGGAAGCUCUUGCCGAUAUCAUUAAAAUGUACAAAUGGAAGAAGGUGAGCACGAUGGCUACUGGCGAUUUGGAUGGUCAAGACUUCGCAAAUGCGUUUCAGAAAGAAGUGAAAAAGAGGAGCGUCAACGUUGUGGAGUCUGCACGAUUCAGUCGAGGGGAUACCUCUCAUAAUGUUCAACAGAAAGUUAUACAGAUCAAGAAAGGUGAAACGAGAAUCAAUGUGAUCAGCGCCCUUCCCAAUGACGCAUUCACGGCUUUUCAUCAAAUACGACAACUAGGCAUGACAGGAGAGGGGUGGGUAUGGCUCACGUCAAGCAAAGUCACGGCUGCAUCUUUGAUCAAUGAACCGGCACUACAACAGGCUUUGGAUGGAAUGGUUGGAUUGUCUGUAAAAUCCGGCAGUGGUCCAAAACACCUGGAACUUCUUGUCCAAUGGACCACCAAAGAAGAAGGAAAAUAUCCUGGAGCAAUUUGGUACAGUGAUGAACCAGACAUGUCAUUGUUCUCUCCUCAAGUUUUCAAUGCCGUAUCUGCGUACUUUAGAGCUUUUGACAAAUUGUCGAGGAAAGGAAUCAUUCAACCGGGCGAGAGCAACACAAGGCUUCGUGAUAUCGUUUAUGAUGAGUUGAAGAAUUUCAAUGCUCCUACGUCGAAAAAUGGUUUUGAAAGUGCGACAGGUCUUCCUUCAUAUUUUGACGAAAAUCAAGAUGCUCCACCUUACUACGACAUCAAAAAUUUUGUGAACAAAAAAUGGGUUACUGUUGGUUAUUGGGAACGUGCUAGAUUGUUGUCGCUUCAACCCGGCAAAAUAAGAUGGCCUGGCGACACGAUGCAACCUCCAAGUGAUGAAGGAGAACCUGGCAAGAUAACGUUGAAAAUCGGUUUCAUCACACCGUUUUUCCCAGCAUUAAGUGGCCUGGCUGAUCUGGGAAAGCAAUACCUCGAAGGAUUUCAGACUGCAUUGGAAAUGUUCAAUAACGACGAUACUCUGGCUGUAGACUUCCUUGGCAUUGAGAAAGACUCCGGUAUCUCACCAUCACAAUCUUGUCAGGAUAUUGCGGAGUCGUUUGUUAAGUCUGGUGUUGUGGCUGUUAUUGGCGCCUAUAGAUCCAUUUGCUCAAUGAAAGCUGCUGAUGUAUUAGGAGAAGACCAGAACAUGAUACCGCAGAUAUCAUACGCUUCAACAUCUAGCAAAUUAUCUGAAGUUUCGUCAGCGUACAAGUACUUCUUUCGUACCGCUCCAUCAAACGUAGAUCAAGCCAUAGCGAUUGUUGCACUUAUAAAGCUUUAUAAAUGGAAAAAGGUGUGUACCAUAGCAACUGACGACGCUUAUGGACGAGAUCUUACGGAACUUGUCCUUGCUGAACUUUCAAAGACCAACGUAUCUGUUACUGUCACGGAGACAUUUCAAGUCAGAGCUCAUGCUGGAAUUGUGAGACCCAAAGUUGCAAAGCUAAAACGCGCUGGUUGCCAUGUUGGAUUGGUGUUUAUGGUUCGUAACGAUGCGGAAGUUGUAUUUCAACAAUUGAGGGAGUUAGAGAUGGUUGGUCGCGAUUGGGUUUGGAUUGGAUCGGAUAAGGCUACCACAUCGGUGUUUGAAGAUGCAGCUAAUCUCCAGGAUGCAAUGCAAGGCGUUAUUGGCGUCCAUCCGAGACACGGCGAAGGAAGAUUGUUUGACCAAUUCAUGUUGGCUAUAGCGAGACGUGAAGCCUCCCGCUAUUCCGGAAAGAAAAAUAGUCAUUCUAAAACAACGUAUCUUGCUCAUUUAUUUGAUGCUAUUCACGGAAUGGCGUUGGAGCUGUCAGAGCUGGCGAGGAAGGAAAUUAUCACCAGCAAAUCGAAAAUCAUUGACAUGAGAAAAGCUCUUUAUGACAAACUAAAACGAGCAAACAAGAAAGAAGCUGGUUUCCCUAGCUCUGUCGGUGGACUGGACACCAUGUAUUUCGAUAAGAAACAAACGGGACCCCCCGCUUUUGAAUUUGUGAAUUUAGUGGGAAAACAGUGGAAAACUGUAGGUAUUUACAUUCAUCAAACAAGGAGUGUGUCGUUGUUCCGAGAUCCAAUAUUCCCCGGUGGUGUAACGAUUCCGAUAGUGGGUCCGGUCAAACCUUCGUAUAGAAUUGCGGCGUUCUUUCCUACGAGUAAAACAUUUGGUCCGCUUGCUGAUCUUGCUGAAGAAUGGAAAUCUGCUUUUAAAAUCGCCGUCAACACAAUCAACAGUGAUUCGUUGUACAACAUUCGUCUCGAAUACGACAUUAUAGAAACCACUAAAGAUGUAGACUCGUGUCGUAAACGAGCUGCUACUCUUUCUUCUAAUGUUGACAUGAUCAUUGGUGAAGCACGUUCGGAAUGCUCUAUUGCCAUUUCCAAACAGACGAAUCACACAUUAGUACCUCAAAUAUCGUACGCGUCGACGUCUCCUUUUCUCUCCGACAAAAACAAAUUUCCAUUUUUGUUUCGUACUUGUCCGUCUGACGUUUAUCAGGCCAAAGCACUUGGGGAAUUGGUGAAAAUUCACGAGUGGAAAAAGAUGGGGACAAUUGCCGUUAAGGACGAAUAUAGCCGGGAACUUGUACGCCGUACGGAGAAAAUCCUCACUAAAGAAAACAUUGUUUUGGGUGCUCAGGAGCGAAUGAAACAUGGUGACUACAAGGAUGUUGCUAAUCAUCUAAAAGAGAUAAAGAAGAGUAAAACGGCUGUGAAUCUUGUCAUCUCAAGAACUGACGAGGCUGAAAAGAUAUUUCAAACUGCAAUCGACAUGGGUAUGACGGGUAAAGGUUGGACGUGGCUGGGUGGCGAUGGAUCGACGUCAUCAACCUUUAAACGAUCCCCGAAUCUUCAGAGUGCAAUGCAAGGCAUGGUGGGAACGAGACCACAGAGUGGAAAAGGCGCCGUUUAUGAGAAGUUCCUUAAGGAGUGGAAGAAUAGCGAACGAAAUAAAUAUCCUGGUAUAAUCCACACUUCAAGAAUAGAGCAGGUUUCCUGUUAUGUCCCCCAAGUGUUCGAUGCAGUCUUAGCGUAUGCCACUGCCUUGCAACGUCUCUACGAAGUUGAUCUCAUCAACGAGAAAACGAGCCGACGAGUUCUCAGGAAACAUUUGAUCAACGAACUAAAAAAGAUGCGGAAUGAGCAGACUGGUUUUGAAGGCACAACCGGAGGCAGACAAUAUUUCUCGGAAAAACAAGAUGGAGUACCCAUUUACGAUGUUGUCAAUCUUAAUGGCGAGAGUUGGGUCAAAGUAGGCACGUAUACAGCUGAAGAUGGUCUUCAACUCACGGGGCAUAUCGUCUGGCCUGGAGGCGGGUUGAGCACACCAUCAGAACAUCAACCACAGAUAUCCACUGCAACAAGUGUCCAGGAGAUUGUAGACAGGAAGGUCUUACUAGCACUGUGUGCUAUAUUUGGCAUUUUUACGCUGGUCGUAAUUAUCGUCAUAAUUUUAUGGAUUAUCACGAAAUUUAAUUGCGUCUGUAAGAAAAAGGAGAAUAAUUACGUGAACGGUAAUGCUGUUAAAAACAACAUCAACAGAUAGUUGAAGUGCUUCAAAACGGAAUCACGCAAGCCAGAAUUUAAUCCAUUGUAUGUCCCUCUUUACUACGUAGUAUCAUAUAUUGUACUCAGACUGUCAUUAUCGAGGAAUCGUUCGGCUUAAGAAUAAUUUUACAAUAGUGAAGAGUAGACAUUCAGCGCUAAAUUGUAUUGACAUGCGAGUUUCAACAUUUUCUGGUAUAUAGUGAAAAGGACUUGCUUAAAGCAUAAAUUUUGGAAAUGAAAACUUGUCUACAAGCUGGAUUUUAACUUAUUGGUAUAAUUUCAGUAUUAAAAAGUCAGUUUUAGUUCUCUUCGUACAGGCAAAUGUUCAGCAGUAGCUGUGAGGCAAUAUUGAUAGUUAUUGAAGAUGGAUGAACAAUAUUUUCGUUAGCGGAAAUAGAAAAAGAUGAAAGCCAUUACUAAUGAAAACGAAAACACGCAAGUUUUAAGUGCUUAAAGAUAAGACUAAAAUUAGACACUUUACUGAAUUUAGUCAACUUAUUAAAACUGUUAAAGACAUUUGAAAGAGGCGAUAAAUAGAAAAACAUAUAUUUCCGAAUUUUCAUUUGAUAAAAACUUAGAUUAUGGAACUUAUGUUUAUGAAAAUUCAUCACUGACUCUUUUUUCAAUACUGAAAUUACAUCGAAAAUAAUAUCUGCUUCAGUAAAAUAUGUCGGACAUUAUUACUUCCUUUCCUUAGUAACAUUUCGUGUUAUGUGUCCGUCGUAGACAGCUAAUUAAGAACACAAAUCCGUUUGUUUUGACUCCUAAUUGUAUUACUUAGCGUCAUUUUAUUUUGUAAAUGGAAAUUAUUGAACUGACCUACUGUAUAUAGAAUAUUUCUAGUUAAAUAAAAAAAAAUUCAAAUUUUA